AUGGGGCAAGGAUUGUGCAAACCUGAUGUGUCCGCCGUGGAGGUUACCAGCAAUGAGCGACAGGAUGUAGAGAAACUGAUCAAAACUGAGCCGGUUGUAGUGUUUGUAAAGACCUUCUGUCCGCACUGCUUGUCCACCAAGCAACUUUUGAAAUCACACAAUGUGGAAAUGACGGUCAUAGAUUUGAAUAAAGAAGCAGAUGGCCAUAAAACUCAAGCUGUAUUGUUUGCCAUCGCAAAACAGAAAACUGUGCCCAACACUUUUAUUGGUGGCGAACACAUUGGUGGCAAUGACGAUUUGCAAAAGCUUGCAAAGCCCGGCCUACUCAAAGAAAUUCUGAACCAACAUAACAUCCCCAACAGUUUCUGA